GCGACACCACUUCUCCAACGAUUCCCGAGGUAUCAAGGCAAUGAUAACCACUAUCGCACCAGGGCUGUUGUCAGCUUGCUUCUUCUAAUACUGCUAUCUGGCAUUGUCAUUGGCACAUAUCUCCUGAUCAUCCAAAGCAGAUCAGAGAAUGUGCUACCUCCAAUUGAAGAGCCGGAGCGUUAUGUUAGCCGUCUUCAAUGGGAUAAGAAUAAGGAAGUUAAUCAGUUAAAUCUUGUGCCACAGUUGAAGAAAGAUACUGUCAUCAUUGUUCAAACGGAUACAGAACAAUGUGACGGUAUAAAAACUUGUUCUAUGCUACUGAACUCAAUGCAGGAAAAUGGAACUCUUCUGCAAUAUAACUUCUUGGUGUCACCCGAUGGAGAGAGCUUUGAAGCACUGGGAUGGCGAAGAAAUUCAAUCAUUUUUCCCAAGUACUCUACAAAUGCUUUAGUCCUGGCAUUUAUAGGUAAUUACACACAAGAAGCACCGUCAUCUGCUCAAGUUAUGCAAGCCAAAAUAUUUCUAGAAAACUCCAUAAGUCAGGAACAUUUAGAUUUAAAUUUCAAUAUAAUCGGUAAAAAGACUAAAGAGUUUCCAAAAUAUUUGUUCUUAGAGUUAAGUAAAUUGCCGCAAUGGAAUAAACAGCUCUCCGAUAUGGAUUGAGCUGAAUUGUUAUUGUGAUUACGUAUUUGUUAUGUUCUCAAGUUGUCAAUGAAUCUCUAUAUAAGGAGUUAUUAGAUUUUAUUUUAAGUCAUAAACGUAAUAUAAGAAAAACUUUAGUGAGAUUAAAAAUGUUAUUUUUCGUUAUGUUUAUUUUAUUUUUAUAUGAUUUUUUUUUACUUUAUUUGUGGAUACAUGGGCGUUACAGCAGGCUGUUGGAUAUGUCUGAGUGCUGUUAUGUCGGAGUAGGAGAGUCUCGGCCGUUUUGUGUUG